AUGAGGCUGCAGCGCCCGCCCGCCGCCGCCGCUCCCUCCGCCUCUUCCUCCCGCGGCGGCGCCCGCGGCCGCCAUGUUGUCAACAACCGCCCCGCGCCCGCUUCCGGCAGCGCCGCCCGCGCGGCACCACGGGAUGCGGCCGCACUCAACAUGGCCGCCACGGCGUCGCGCCCGCCGGCCAAUGGGGGCCCGGGCGGCGCCAUCUUGGUGCCCCGCCGGCGCACCAUGUGCAGCGGCGUCGGCUGCUUCUGGGCGCUGCUCUCCGCCGGCCUCCUGGCCGCCUGCGCCGCCGCCUUCCUCUCGCCGGCCUGGCUGCUGCCGCCCGGCCGCGCCGCCGCCGGCUUCGGCUUGCUCUGGCGCUGCGCCGGGCCGCCCCGCGGCUGCCACGGCUCCGCCGGCCCCGGCGGCUUCGGAGACAUCCCCUCCGGUUCCUGGCAGACCAGCGCUGUGCUGUGUGCRGGCGGCUGUGCCCUGCUGGCCCUCAGCUCCCUGCUGGCCAUCGUCGCUGUCCUGCUGCCCGGCGGAGCCUGCGAGCGCCGAGUCUGCACCCUGGCUGGCUACAUGCAGACAGCAGCAGUGUUCAUAAUGGCUUCUGGGCUUUUGGUUUACCCUUUUGGUUUCAACUCUGCUACUGUGAAGAGAUUCUGUGAGAACUCAGACAUCUAYUAUGCAGGAGACUGCCAGAUUGGAUGGGGGUACAUGCUGGCAAUUGUUGGGGUCAUGUUGUCUGUCUUUUUACCAUUCUUUGCAAAAUAUGCACCAAAAGAGCACAUAUCUCCAACUCCAAUACCUACUAUUUUAUAGUAUUUUAUUACUGUUURAGAACAGAACAUUCCUGUCUACAGUAAUGGGCAGAAAUCAUUAAAGCACUUCCAGYUGGCUGUAUUGCUAAAGAGAGGAAAGGAGAUGGGGAAGAGAAGGUCACAUUGACAAAGACCAAAAGUGCAUUGAAAGUCUUCCGUAAGCACGAGCGGCGAACACUCUGGAAUUGAAAUAGGAUUAAUAAGCAGCCUUUACACUGCUCUAAACAUAUAAAUGGCAUAAUGCCUUAGACAAAAAAAAAAAUCAGUUUAUCCUCAAAACAUCUGUCUACCUCCCAGUUUCUUUUGUGUCUCAAAAUUGUGACUCUUAAAAGCUUCAAUUCACUUUUGAUAUAUUGUUAAAUAUCAAAACUUUUAUGAACCCAGUAACUUUAAAAUCAAUAAUGAUAUUUUGUUACAAUUAUUUUGAUUAGUGAAAAAAAGCACCUACUGGUAGCCACAGCCUAAAAUUAAGAUUGAUAGCCAAAAAGAAUUGUACACAAGAAAAAGGUUUCUUUUUAAUCUAUAUAUAUUAGCAGGGCCUGCAUAUUGUAAGUUGUGGGCMCAGUUUUUCCUACUGCUCUAAUUGCCAAGAUUUAGAGACAACUUCAUGAAAUCUUGGGCAAAAUUGGAAUUUCUUUUUUUCUGAGAGACCUAACUAGUUCCAAAGGCUUCAUGAUGAUUUAAUAGUUUAACAACAGACAAAAAAUCCUAAGAAUUUCUUUUCAGUAUUUUUUAAAUUAUAAUUUUAGGUGGACUUUGACAAAAUGUUUUGAACUGUUACAACUGUAGAUUUUGGAUUUGGUUGUUGAGGGCCGAAAAGAAAAAAUUCUGUUUACAAAAAUGUCUGUGCCCAAUGGCCCUUAACUGUAAUGAUAAUACAAGCCAGAAUGAACUAAUUCCAGUAUUCCCAUUGCAAUUAAGAGUCCAUUUUGUAAAAAAAAAGAAAAAG